UGUGGUGAAAAACUCAAACGUUUUUCCAGAAAUAGAAACACCACCGGAAACAUCUGGGGCUUCCCUGCUUUCAUCUCACCGCCCGUCAGAUGUUUGAUGCGGGUCUGAGCGGAACCGCGGUGACAUCAAAGCUAACAAAGACCCCCUCCUCCUCUGACACGGAGACGUGUGCGCGUGCAGUCCCCGGAGCUCGGCGUGGAUCUGGCUCCAGCCUCCGGGAGGAGCGGGAGUCCUCUCAGGCUCGCUGCGAUUGGCUCAAGCAGACCAACUCCAUUUUGGAAAACAGCUGUUUAAAGACACAACCUUUUCCCAGUCGCCUGGCGAUGCUACACCGAGGAAAGCCUCUAGGCUUCUGACGCACACGCGCCCCUGCUACAGGUUCUGCUCCAGUCGAGCCGAACCAUUCCGCUUCGGCCUGCUGCGGUUUUGUUCCAGCGCCAGGAAACUUAAGCAGGAGACCCAUGGUGUUCCGUUUCCAUUGUAACAAGUGGAUAAGAGGAGACCCGACCAAGGUGUAAUGAGAGUGCUGGUCAUGGACAGAUGAUGGACGUGGAGACGUCGUACUCGGACUUCAUCAACUGCGACCGCACAGGCCGCCGGAACGCAGUGCCCGACAUCACUGGGGAAGAGUCGGAUGUGACCAGCAGGAGUGAAAUCACCAAAGAGUUGGCAGAGAUGAAUCUGCAGGGUGCAGAGGGGAACCCAGGGGCCUCCCCGGCCCCCGAGGCAGAAGGCUCCACAAGCCAAGACACCCAAGGAGGUGGAGGUCCAUCCUAAAACCAGCCAGGAAUCUCGGGGGGGGGGGGGGGAUGUAGGGGGAAAGCAAGGAGAGUGUGGAGAGGAGGAGGUUUUACUGUCCUACAGGAUGUGAGGACACUUUCACUCACUGCCGGCCUUUUGGAGCUGCGACCACCCCAAAGGUCGCCUUUUUUCUACUGGAUCAGAUCGUUGGACGGGGACGGAACAGAGAGCGAGUCGUGAAUCGUUUUUGUUUUUGCUUCAUUUUGUUAGUCUUCUGUUUACCCAACAAGACCAGAAAGCACAGAAACUUUGGACUGAAGCCUGUGAGGAUCUAAGCAGCCCGUUGCUCCAGCCUAGUGUGGGGCCGAGUCACUGAGGGCCCGUUUAUCUGUUUUCUUUUUAUGUGUGUGUGCGCACGUGUGUGUGUGUGUGCAUUUUCUUUGUCAAGGUUUUCUUUUUAUAGUAACCAACAUACUCCAUCCAUACUGUCCAUAUUUAUUGCUCAAUGUUAAGUGAUAACUUUGUGAUAGAAGUUUUCUUUGUGUAAUAAAAUACUUCUGAAUUACUGUAA